AUGCACAUAUGUGUCUGCGUCCUGCAGUCGUCGUUCUUAUCCAUCUACGAUCUACCCACGGUUGUCAGGCGCCCAGCCAUUACCAUCGUUGACCCUGGAUAUUUCCACGCCGUCGUCGCCCAGUACGUGCUUUGCUCGUGCUCGCACGAUUCUAGGAGGACGACGGUGGCCCAGACGAGGGCGAGCGUGCCGAGCCCCGACGCGAGCAGCUGCAGGAACGCCUCCGCGAGCAGCGACAGGUCGCCGGCGUUCACGGCCAAGAUCCUGGCUUCCUUCGUCGCGUUCGUGCUCUUCGUCGGCUUCGUCGCGCGCCCCGCCGGCCGGUACAUCGCGUACAAGCGCACCCCGACGGGGGCGCUCCUCUCCGAGGGCUCCUUCGUGGUGGUGGUCAUCGCCGCGCUGCUGUCGCCGCUGGUGACGGACGCCAUCGGGUUCAAGUACAUGAUCGGGCCCAUGAUGCUGGGGCUGGCGCUCCCCGGCGGCAUGCCCAUCGGCGCCACCAUGACGGAGCGCCUCGACUCCUUCUUCAUCGCGCUCUUCCUCCCCGUCUACAUGGCGCUGUCCGGCUACCGCACCGACCUCGCCGAGGUCACCAAGGCGGAGGCGUCGGAGAAGUGGUGCGCGCUGGAGCUGUUCGUGGCGCUCUGCGUGUCGGGCAAGCUCGUCGGCUGCGUCGCCGCGGGGCUCUUCUUCACCAUGCCGUUCCGCGACGCCGUCGUGCUGGCGCUCAUGCUCAACAUCCGUGGCAUCGUGGAGGUGGCCGCCAUCAACAACUGGGGCGACACCAUGAAGGCCACCGCGGAGCACUACUCGAUGCUCACCAUGUCCAUGGUGCUCAUCACCGCCGUGUGCACGCCGCUGAUCAAGCUGCUGUACGACCCGUCGGGGCAGUUCGCGCGGGCGAAGCGUCGGUCGCUGGAGCACGCGCGGCUGAGCGCCGACCUCCGCGUGCUCACCUGCCUCUACAGCGAGGACCACGCGGCGCCGCUGAUCGACCUGCUGGAGGCGACGGGUUCGUCCCGCGACUCGCCCAUGUCGCUCGUCGUGCUCCACCUCACGGAGCUCGUCGGCCGCGCCGCCUCCGUGCUGAAGCCCCACCGGAAGAGCACGAGGUCGUCCAACAACCCGACGCCGUCGGACCGGAUCGUGAACGCGUUCCGGUACUUCGAGCAGCAGGCGGCGCCGGGGGCGGUGACGGUGGUCCCCUACGUGGCGCAGGCGCCCUUCAGCUCGAUGCACCACGACGUGUGCUCGCUGGCGCACAGCCGGAAGGCCAACCUCAUCCUGCUGCCGUUCCACAAGUCCUCCGACGGCGCGCGCAGCACGGCGAGCAACGCCAUCCGCUCCAUCAACCGGAGCGUGCUGCAGUACGCGCCCUGCUCCGUGGCCAUCCUCGUGGACCACGGCCUCGCGUCCGGGUCGGCGUGCGCCACCGCCGCCAACAGCCUGCUCCAGCGCGCCGCGCUCUACUUCCUGGGCGGCGCCGACGACCGCGAGGCGCUGGCGUACGCGGCGCGGAUGCCGGAGGCCGGGACCAUGUCGCUGACGGUGGUGCGGUUCAAGCUCAGGAACUGGGUCGGGAUGGGCGGGCGCGACGAGGCCAUGGACGAGGAGCUGCUGCAGGAGUUCUGGGCCAGGCACAGGGACAACGAGCGCGUGGUGUACGUGGAGAAGACGGUGGAGGACGCGGAAGGCACGGCGUCGGUGGUGCGCGCCAUGAGCGACAAGUUCGACCUGCUCGUCGUGGGGCGCCGUGGCGGGGAGGGAGAAAGCGACCCGGAAGGGUCGACGGCGCUCACCUGCGGGCUGUCGGAGUGGAGCGAGUUCCCGGAGCUGGGGGUGCUGGGGGACAUGCUCGCAUCCGCGGAGUUCGCGUCCAAGGUCUCCAUCCUCGUCAUCCAGCAGCAGCCGCCCAAGAAAAUCGCCGCCGUCGGAAGCAACGUCAAUGAUUAGAAGGAUCCAUCGAUCGUCGUUUUUUUUUUCCCUUCUCUCCUUUCGCUGCUGAAAUUCUGUGAAUCUUUCUCUUGUGACUUGUAAUUGUAAUCAGUUCAUUAGCUAGGAGGGAUCCUAAAUUGACUCUGUAAAUUUGAAAACAAAAGCAAACAACAACUCAAGCGCCACUCAUCCUUGGCGCCAACAAGUAGCAUACUGCUUUGUUCUGUUUCUCACUCUCAGCGUACAAAUUAUUUUAGUGAGAAAUCGUUAGUAAAUUUUUUAAUUAUAUAUUGUUGAAAAGCAAAACUUUGUGGCGCCUUGGAAUCUAGUAUCUCUGACAAGCCUAGAGUAUUCUUUUCGAUGUGAACAUCCUUGAGCUGUCAUUUGUCAUUUAAUUUUAAGGGCACAUGUAUUGAUCUAAACUAUAGUUAAACCAUCCAAAUUUGCUGCUCCUAGAAGUUUUUCACUAGCACUAUGAUAUUUUGCAGUGGGAGAGAAAGGAAAGAGCUGCACGUCAAGGGAUUUUUUUUUUUUUUUUUUUUUUUUUUGCAUCAGAGAACCCUGAGAAGCCAUGGGACUGGAGAAGAGACCAACGCAACGCCAACAUUCCAGUCUACUGAUGGAACUGUACCAUGAGUCUGCAACUUUGUACGGUUGCUACAAAUGAAUGUAGAUUGUAUUGUACAUAUGUAUGUGGAAGAUAAAGUAUUGUGAAUUAGUAUCAUGUGUUCGAUA